AUGAGUCAAAUACGUUCUUCGAUGCGUAUGACUAACGACACAACUCAUGCGCUACAUGAACGCGGUUGGUUAGGCAGUGCCAAGGGUUGGUUAGGCAGUGCAUCAAUACCAUCUAUGCCGGCCAUGCCUUCAAUGCCCACAAUGGCUAUGCCAUCCAUGCCAGCUAUGCCUUCUAUACCAUCCAUACCUGGUCUGCGCAAGGGCGGCGAGGAGGGCGCCGAAGGUGCCGCUGCCGCUGGCGCAGAAAAUGCAGCAGCUGCCACCGGUGGUGAGGAUGACGACAAAUCGAGGUAUCUUAGUGCCACAGAGGGAGCUGAUUCAUUAGCAGCAUCCGGUGAUGAGGCUCAACUGGGCGAAGAUGGUCAGAUUGGACAGGUUACCACAAAGGUGACCCAACAGGCCAAACAUUUUGGUUCAUUUUUAUCAUCGGCUUUCACUGAGGCUGGUUCAAAGCUAAAAGAAACUGUCAAGAAGAAUCCCAUUAUGGAAUCAUUUAACAAAGAACAAGAAGCCUUUAUUAAAGGCCAGGCUGGCGGUAAUGGUCCAGCUGUUGCCCCCUGGGUUGGCCUAACCAAUGAGGCAAAAAUUAAAGAAGAAAUUAUGGGUCUAUCCCAGGAUAGACGUAACUUUGUACGUGCACCACCGGCUGGUAUUGAUUUUGAAUUCAACUAUGAUACCGCCUAUCCUACAGCCCAGGCCAUUAUGGAAGAAGAUAAGAACCUGGAAACAAUGCGUUUUGAAUUGGUACCCAAAAUCAUCACCGAAGAGAAUUUCUGGAGAAAUUAUUUCUAUCGCGUCUCACUUAUUAUCCAGGCCGCUGAAUUGGGUACCUUGGGUGAAGAUGGUGUUGCACAAGCCUCAAGUGGUGAAGAUGCCAAAGUUUCUAAAUCUCAAGAAACCACCACUUCCGUUGAGAGCUCAAAAUUAAAUUCCCAACAAACAGCAUCAUCAUCUUCCGCUUCUUCUGUUUCCACUAACGCCAAUAAAAAUGAUGCCACCAAAUCCGAAUCUUCUACUUCUUCUUCAUUCGCUUCCAUUACCCAAGAACCACAAAGGGUGAUCAAACGUUUAGAAUCGACCUCUGAAUCGGAAUUUGUUUCCGAUAACUUCCAAACCACAAUGGAUAGUGAAGAUUUGGAAGAAAUUAAAAAUGGUAUGCGCAAACUCGGUAUUGAUAGUAUGACCCAGCAAUUGCAAUCUGCUUCCUCUUCUUCUCCGAAUACGUUGAGUAAUGAUGAGGAACAAUGGGAAAAGGAUUUAGAAGCUGAACUUAAAGAUUUCGAGGUAGUUGAUAAUGGUUCUAAAAGAAAUGCGACGGCAGCCGGCGGUGGUGGCGAUGACGGCGAUGGCGAGGACGAUCUGCCGACAAUAUCACGUACGCGUAAUGCCAACAACGAUUGGGAGGAAUAUGCCGAUUUAAUUGAAGAUACCGAUGAUUUAAAGUAAUUAAGAGCUUAUAUCGUAGUUUUUUCUAAGUUCUAAGACAAACAUUU